AUGAACAAUUCCUUUGAAUUCGAUGAAAACUUGUCUGAAGAAUUUUUGGAUGAAAAUGUUUCAGCCUUGAAGAUUAAAAGUUCUGGCAAUCUUGAUAAGAACAUGUCCUGUUCUCCUUUUCAUCCCAAGCUUGAAACUAGUGGUAGAGUAAAAGUUGAAUAUGCUCCUGUUGCAAUGGAUGUGAGCAAAACUUUUGAGACUAAAAGUAGAAGACUACCUUUUAAGAAAUGGAGAAAAGAUAAUAAAUCUCACGAUUGGCUGAACUCCAAACAAAAAGCACUAAAUGUUUGCCUAAGAAAUAUCAAAAAGAGUCACCAUAGAAAUCAAAUCUCUUGCGAUGCUUAUUCAAAAAGAAAAGUGUGAGCUAUCCAUGGUUCAGAAGGAGGAGUGACAGUUAGAGAUUUGAUGGCUCCUCAAAGCUGCCCUGCUUCUUUUAUUUCAUAAUUUAUACUAAAAAUUUAUUCAAA